UUUUUUUCUGUUUUCGUUCUUUUUCUCUCUCCCUUUACCAAAUCAAGCUUCCUCCAAUUAUGCCAAAAUCCAAAAAACGUACUCAUAGACCUAAAAAUAAUCAAUAUAGUUUGAUACCUUCACCAACCUUAGAUCCCACUCCUCCUUUUUAUUCUUCACAGGAGUCUUAGGAAAUGAUUACUUUAGUUCUUCACCGAACAGAGUAGAUGAUAUUCUUAUUGAUGUACACAAUAGUAAUCACAAUCAUAUUGGUCCUCUACAGCAUAACAACAACAAUGACAAUAACAAUAAUAACGCUAAUCAUCUUCCACCAUUGCAUCCUGACCAUCUCACUUAUCUUGCCCUUCAUCCACCUGAUAGCAACAAUGGAUAUUUAUCAGACGCAGAUACAACAGCAUCUCGCCAAGAAGGGGAUGCACAAGAUGAUAUUUGUGCUUCAGCUAUGGAUCGAAAGGAUCAAGCCGAGAUUGACUAUCAUUCACUUGACAUGUAUGUGGAACAGGAAGCCUAUACCAUCAAAACACCAAGUACUACACCAAGUUCAUAUCAACCUCGACAACGCCGUUUAUCUGCCAUGGCCGACUCUAGACGAUUUAGUUUAUAUGGUGAUCGAAUGAAGCAUCCAGAAGGUGAUGAUAAUACUGAUGUCUAUCGUAUGACUUAUUAUUCCACAGCUGAAUCAUCCACUAUUCAUGCGAGGCAUCUUUGUGAAAUUCCUCCAAAAGGAAUCCUACUUGGCGAUAUGUUGAAAAAAGGUUGUUUCUGGAUCGA